AGCGCAUAUCAGACAGAGUGUUCUUUCUGGCUGGCAUUAUACUUGUAUACUUGUAGCUGAGCAGCUGAGUAUAGCAGAGUAUUUUGAAAAAAGCAAAGCGAAACAGUUUUGAAACGAACGCGAAACAGAGCAAAACGUUUGCUGUCAAUCGUGGAACGCGUUAAAUUACAUUGUUCAACAUUUGAAAUAAACACAAAAACUAAUACAAAAUACAAUUUGUUGAUUAAUUGAAACAAGAAGCAAAUAAACAAAAAACAAUUACAAAAUGCACAGCAAACUUUUGGAUGAGCUCAACGAGAAUGGUUACAUUGUCAUAGAGGACUUUUUAACACCCGAGGAGGUGGAGUCGAUGUAUCAGGCCGGGCGGACGCUCUGCAUGGAUGCUCCACAGUCGAAUCGGAAAAUCUUCAGCACCAUCAAGGCGGAGGAUGCGCAUAGCAAAGAGCUGUACUUUAUGGAGUCCGGCGACAAGGUGCGCUACUUCUUCGAGCAGGGCGCCCUCGGAGAUGAUGGGCAGUUGAUUGUGGAUCCAAUGAUCGCACUGAACAAAGUGGGUCAUGCUCUGCAUGUGGAGCAUCCUACAUUCAAUGCGUUGACAUUUAGCAAUCGUGUGCGCGAGAUUUGCUGGCAACUCAACUUUAAUCGUCCGGCCGUCUGCCAGAGCAUGUAUAUAUUCAAGAAUUCCGGCAUUGGGGGCGAGGUGACGCCACAUCAGGACUCCUGGUUCCUGCACACAGAGCCCAACUCGGCCGUGGGCUUCUGGUUUGCGCUCGAGGAUUGCACCCUGCAGAACGGCUGCCUGCAGUUCAUCAAGGGCUCCCACAAGAGUGGCGUCCAUCGACGAUACCUCCGCAACCCCGAUGCAAAUGCCACCGAACUUAUGGUCUAUGAUCGGUCAGCACCCAUAUACCCACAGUCCAGCUUCACCCCGCUCCAAGUGAGCAAAGGCACUUGCAUCGUCAUCCAUGGCAAUGUGGUGCACAAAAGUGAGCCGAAUCGCUCGCAGAAGAGUCGCCACGCGUACACCUUUCAUGUGAUUGAGACUGAGAACAAUGUGAAGUAUUCAGAGGAGAACUGGCUGCAGGCGCCGCUGGAUAAGCCAUUCCCCUUGCUAUUCGAACGCAAAGAUUAGGAGGCCGAUGUGAAUUCGAAAUCGGUGAUUUUAAUCGUGAUCAGAUUCGUAUCACUUCUGCCUCUUUUUAAUUUUGGUAUUUUUGUUUAUAAGAUGUGAGUUAGUUUUUUGAACGAAACUGAAUGAAAGCGCCAUACAUAUAUUUUAAGUUGUUGUACAUGUCGAAUUUUAUUGAAAUUACAAUGAAUAAAGACUAAUAUGUAUAUAA